ACAUCUUCCUAAAAUCGUCCGAACAGACUGGCGGGAGAGAGACGCGCUCGCUGCAGCUCUGCUUGUCCGGCGGGAUUUUUGGCGGAAAGUAACGCAGAAAAGCGACGCUGCUCACUCCGGUUCAAACGUUGGGAUUGUUAAGGAGCUGUAUUUUAAAUAUUUGGAAGAGAAACGCGGCUAAAAGCGAGCCUGGCCGAGCUUUUAACAACGCAACAGCUGCAAAACUUAGCUAACCGGCUAACUAACCAUUAGCUUAGCUAAAGAACACCUGCCCACUCGCUUAGCCUUUGUUUCUGUAGAGUCUCCGCGCCCGAGACCCGCUUUAAUUUCAGUAUUUACUUUUAUUUUUACUCUUUUUGUUGUUUGUUUUUCUUUUCUUUCUUUCUUUUUUUUUGCGUUGGCUUCAUCUGUACGCUGUUGUUUAUUCUGUAACCCACACCCGCACAACUAAACUGCUUAGCUAACUACCACUACUAGCAACAUGGCCAAAGUACAAGUGUUAAACGUUGCUGUUCUGGACAACCCGAGUCCUUUUGGGAACCCUUUUCAGUUUGAGAUCACGUUUGAGUGCAUGGAGGAUCUUCCAGAAGAUCUUGAAUGGAAGAUCAUAUACGUGGGCUCAGCUGAGAGUGAAGAGUAUGAUCAGACUCUUGACUCUGUCCUGGUGGGCCCAGUCCCUGCAGGAAGACACAUGUUUGUUUUCCAGGCUGAUGCCCCAAACACAGGCCUGAUACCUGAGAGCGAUGCUGUUGGCGUCACUGUUGUCCUGAUUACCUGCACGUACAGAGGACAGGAGUUUAUUCGCAUUGGCUACUAUGUCAACAACGAGUACACUGAUGCUGAGCUCAGGGAGAACCCACCCCUCAAACCUGACUAUGGACAGCUCCAGAGAAACAUUUUGGCAUCAAACCCACGUGUUACCCGCUUCCAUAUCAAUUGGGAGGGCUGUUCAGAGAAGAUGGAGGAUUCUGAGAAUGUGGAUCCUGCUCCUAAUGCAAUGCUGCCCCCAUCGUGCCCUCCAGGCAAAGCACCUCCCCUUGGAUUAAUGCCAGACAACUCCAUGGACUGCUUGUGAAGAAGGCCCAAGUCCACCUGUAAAGAAAUCCUCACCGCUGAGCACUUAACAUGCAACAUCCACCAGUCCAGAGAAGAUCAGAUUCUGAUCGGCACUGACUUUCAAUUGACUGCUCUCAAUUUUUUUGGUUUGUGGUUCAGGCCUAGUCUUCAGUGUUGAGCCUGUAGGUUUAAACACUCUGUGGCAUCACUUUUUGUCACGAAUUAGAAGAGUGAGUGUGCCAAAGCAGCUUUGAACCACAAACUUGUGAGGGGUGCGUCUGAGACUAAUGAGUUCAGUGUUGGAAAUGCUUAUUUUAGGCCACAAGUCAAACCUGUCUGCGAAUGUCCGGUGUGGCUGCAGGUUUUCUUUUUUUAAACAACCAGCGGAAGCACACCUGAUUCCACUUGCAUAAUCAGGCGGUCUGUCUUCAAACAGCUAAUGACACGUGCAUCUCCUCAGCUGGAGUAAAAAACCUGCAGCUAUAAUGGCCCUUUGCAGACAGGUUUGACGCCCGUAUUUUGGGGUGUGUUAUUCUCUUUCCAGAGUGUCUUAAGAAAGGAAGGCUGAAGAUAAUUACAGGUCACAUGACAUCUCACUAAGGUGGUUAUUGCUUUUGCGUAAAACUUUAAGGUCCGAUUUGCUGUGAUGAACAGAUGGUUUGCAGGUGGGAUUGUAAAAUACUGUAUAUAUGUCUACUUUGGUAUGUAUUCCAGCACUGCAAAUAAAUAAAUAUCUUUUGUUAUCUGA